GAACAACUUAUUUUAGAUACAAUGGCGAGUAAUAUGCGUGGUUUGACCGUGUUUAUCGCGGAUAUAAGAAAUUGCAGAGUAAGAGAGUUGGAGGAAAAACGAAUUAAUAAAGAAAUGGCAAACAUUCGAGCGAAAUUUAAAGACGGGAACCUUAAUGGUUAUCAAAAGAAAAAAUACGUGUGCAAGCUUUUGUAUAUGUAUAUUCUUGGUUGGGAUAUUGAUUUUGGUCAUAUGGAAGCUGGAUAUCUUGGUGUAACCCUAUUAAUGCACGAAAAUAGUGAUUUGACACGUCUAGUUAUCAAUUCAAUAAGAAAAGAUCUCGAAGAACUUAACGAAAUAUAUAAUUGUCUAGCCUUGCACGCUAUUGCUAAUAUUGGUGGUAGAGAAAUGGCCGAAUCACUUUCAUUUGAUGUUCACAGACUUUUAAUAUCACCUAACUCAAAAAGUUUUGUCAAAAAGAAGGCUGCUUUGACAUUAUUACGGUUACAUAGGAAACAUCCUGAUGUAAUUCCUGCAACGGAUUGGGCAGAGAGAAUAAUUGUGUUGAUGGAUGAUACAGAUCUGGGCGUUACAUUAUGUGUGACUAGUUUGAUAAUGGCUUUAGCACAAGAUAAUUUAGAAGCGUAUUUGGGUUGUUAUACUAAAGCGGUUGAUCGAUUAGCAAAGAUAAUUGUUGAGAAAGAAUUUCCUUCUGAAUAUGUAUAUUAUAAAGUUCCUAUACCUUGGUUACAAGUCAAGCUACUACGAUUAUUACAAUACUAUCCAGCUUCCGAUGAUCGUAAGGUUCGAAACAAAUUGCAUGAUGUAUUACAAACAAUCCUUAAUAACUCACAAGAUGCUCCUAAAAAUGUACAGCACAAUAAUGCACAAAAUUCCGUAUUAUUUGAAGCUAUCAAUCUUGCUAUUCAUUUAGAUUGUGAAUCACAAAUUGUUAAUCAAGCCGCUUUACUUUUGGGACGGUUUAUAACUUCUAAAGAAACAAAUGUACGAUAUUUGGGAUUAGAAACUAUGUCUCAUUUAGCAGCUUGUGUUGAUUCAUUGGAACCGAUUAAAAAACAUCAGGACACUAUAUUAUUAUCCUUGAGAGACAAGGAUAUUAGUGUUCGUCGUAGAGGAUUGGAUCUCUUAUACAGUAUGUGUGAUGUCACAAAUGCAAAGGUGAUAGUAACUGAGUUACUUCGAUAUCUAAAUAUUGCAGAUUAUGCUCUUCGGGAGGAAAUGGUGUUGAAAAUUGCAAUUUUAACGGAGAGAUUUGCUACAGAAUACCAAUGGUAUGUGGACAUUAUCUUACAGCUCAUUAGUUCUGCCGGAGAUCAUGUAGGCGAAGAAGUUUGGUAUCGUGUUGUCCAGAUCGUUGUAAAUAAUGAAGAACUUCAGGAAUAUGCAGCAAGAACAGUUCUUAUUCAUUUAAGAUCACCUUCAUGUCAUGAAAAUCUUGUAAAAGUAGGUGGUUAUAUUUUAGGUGAAUUUGGAAUUCUUAUCGCCAAUAUACCAGGUGCUGGCCCUAUGGAACAAUUUACCACUCUUCAAUCAAAGUUUGGAAUGUGUUCCCUUCAGACGAGAGCUUUACUUUUGACCACUUAUUUAAAAUUCAUUAAUCUUUUCCCAGAUAUAAAAGGAGAGAUUCUAUCUGUAUUCAAUCAUUACCGCCAUGUUUUAGAUGUAGAACUUCAACAACGUGCUGCGGAAUAUAUGAGUAUAACAACUAUGUCAACAGAUGAUCUUUUACAGACAGUAUGUGAAGAGAUGCCACCAUUUCCUGAACGCGAAUCAGCUCUUUUGUCACGUUUGCAUCAACAACAUUCAGAUACAGAGGAUAAACGUACAUGGAUUAUCGGAGGCAAGGAGAUUAAUAAAGAUAGGGAGAAUGCUCGGUUUUCUACAUUAGGAUCUAGAAGUAAUUCAACUGAUAAAGGGUUAGAUCUAAGUGGAAAAAAUGGACUUGCAACAACAUCUAAGUCAUCAUCUGCAGGUUCUAUAACAUCUGGAUCAGAAAUAUGGUUCGGUAAACUUCUAUAUAACAUGGAAGGUGUAAUGUUUGAAGACAAUCAACUUCAAGUUGGCAUGAAAUCAGAAUAUCAUGGCCAUCUUGGUCGACUUGCUCUUUAUUUUAAAAACAAAACACAUGCGACCAUUACAUCAUUUACUACAGUAUUAGAACAUGUUAAAAAUCUCGUAAUUACCACGCCACAACAACCAGCAACCCUAAUACAACCAUCUGGCCAAAUUCAGCAACUUUUUCAUUUAGAAUGUCAGGAUUUGUUCAAAGAAACACCUAAUGUUCGUAUAUCAUUUAUAUCUGGGACUCUUCAUACAAUUGUACUUAAAUUGCCAAUUGUAUUAACAAAAUUUAUGGAACCUAUUGGUCUUAAUGGGCAAGAAUUUUUUACGAGAUGGAAACAAAUUGGUGGGGGACCAAGAGAGAAACAAACUAUUUUACAAUCAAAGGUCCCAAUAAAUCUUCAAGGGUUACGUAUUAUGAUUUCAGGAUUUCGUUAUGGAGUUUUAGAGGGUGUAGAUCCAAAUCCUGAUAAUGUAGUUGGAGCUAGCGUUUUACAUACCGCACAAGGAGGAAUGACUGGUUGUUUGAUGCGUUUAGAACCAAACGUCGAUGCACAAAUGUAUCGAUUAACAGUUCGUACUACAAGUGAAUUAGUUACUAAUGAAAUUUGUACUCUGAUGGAGCCACGAUUAAUUAAUGAUUUUCCGUAG